AUGGCUGAAAACUCGUUGGAGUCGAUCCCAUUGUACUUGAAAGAGUCGCUUGAUCCACGAAAUGCUAAGCGUGCAGAGGCUCAGUUGAAAUCCAUCGAGACUCAACCUCAUUUCGCCAUAAACUUGUUACAUGUAGUGGCAUCUACAAACGUGGAGCCCUCCGUCAGGCUCGCAGGUGCCUUGUUCUUGAAGAAUCUAAUCAGACGCAAGUGGGUUAACGAAGACGGCGAGUACUUGCUCUUCCUAGAUGACGUGGAAUACAUUAAAAGAGAGAUCUUGAAUGUGAUGAUCAAGUUACCCAACAAUUUGCAAGUGCAAUUGGGGGAGUGCAUUUCCAUCAUUGCAGAGCUGGACUUCCCUCAUAAGUGGGAGAACUUGAUUGAUGAUCUUGUGGCCAAGUUGUCUGCCGACGACUUUGUAUUGAACAAAGGUAUCUUGUUGGUUGCACACUCCAUAUUCAAGAAGUGGAGACCGCUCUUCCGCUCCGAUGAGCUAUUCUUAGAGAUUAAGAUGGUCUUGGACAAGUUUGCAUCUCCAUUUUUGUCCAUGUUGGCCAAAACUGACGAGCUCAUCACAGAAGCUACUGCAAAGAAUGACUCGGCAUCCCUCGCUAUAUAUAUGGAAUGCCUAUUGCUUGAGGUUCAGAUCUAUUACGAUUUGAACUGUCAGGAUAUUCCGGAAUUCUUCGAGGAUAACAUGACAACUGGUAUGGGAAUUAUGCACAAGUAUUUGAAUUAUCAGACCAAUUUGAUUGGCGAUGCGGACGAUGACGAAGACAUUGAUGCUCUCAUCAAGACCAAAACGGCCAUUAUUGAAUUGAUCUCCUUGUACACAACAAGAUACGCCGAGGAGUUUGACCCGAUGAUUCAGGAUUUCAUUACGUCUGUAUGGCAGACCGUGAAUUCCUACGUGACUAAGCAACCAAAAUUUGACUUGCUUGCAGUGAAAGCAUUGUCGUUCUUGACUUCUAUCACCAAAGUGGCCAAGUAUAAAUCCUUUUUCGACAAUGAAGCUGCAAUCAAAGAGAUCAUCGAAAAGAUCAUUUUGCCCAACAUAGCAUUCAGGGAGGUAGACGAGGAAACAUUUGAGGACGAGCCCAUUACAUUUGUCAGAUCUGAUUUGGAGGGUUCAGACUUCGACUCGAGACGUAAGUCUUCCACUGACUUCUUGAGAGAGUUGAAGGAAGUUAAUACUGAGUUGUUGACCAACACGGUCAUGACAUAUGUUAAUCAAUUCUUGUCGCAUUCUGACUGGAGAAACAGAGACAUUGCCAUUUACUUGUUUACGUCGUUGGCCGCUAAGGGUUCUGUGACCAAUAUUGGUGUCACCUCCACCAACAUGUUGGUUGAUGUGGUUCAGUUUUUUACCAACAAUAUUGCUUCGUACUUGGUGGAAGAUGCAUCUCCGAUCUUGAAAGCAGAUGCAAUCAAGUACAUCAUGACCUUCAGAAACCAGCUCACAAAGGACCAGCUUGUCACCACCAUCCCAUUACUUAUUAACCACUUGAAGAUGGAGAAUGUUGUGGUGCAUACGUUUGCAGCCAUUACUCUUGACAAGUUAUUUUCGAUGACCAGUUUCGCAAACUCUAAGCAUUCACGUAUCUUCGACAAGCAUGACAUUCAGCCUUAUAUUAAUGAUCUUUUGAAUAGUUUAUUUGUGCUUAUUUUGAAGAACAGUGCCCCUGAGAAGUUGUCCGAAAAUGAGUUCUUGAUGAAGACUGCCAUGAUAGUUCUCACAACGGCUGAAGAUGCUGUGGAUGAAAACUUCAAAAUUAAGAUUAUCGAGCAGUUACUUAACAUUUUGGCUAUCAUCGCCAAGAAUCCUUCGAACCCAAGAUUCACCCAUUACACAUUUGAGUGCUUGGGUCUCCUAAUAAAAUCUGGUUCAGGAAAAGGUACCAAGGAUGCAGAAAACAUCUCCAAGUACAUCAGUGUCAUCAUGCCUUCGCUAUUGCAAAUUCUUAGCGAAGACGUUCAGGAGUUUGUUCCCUACACCCUCCAGAUCUUAGCAUACUUGCUCGAGAACUUGCCAAAGUCCCAACCAAUGCCCGAACAAUACUCCAGUCUCGUCAAGCCUCUCAUGUCUCCAGUUGUGUGGGAGUUCAGAGGAAACAUUCCUGGGUUGACGAGACUUCUCAUUGCUAUAAUGACUCAUGACCCAGCUCCUUUUGGCACAAGUCCACAGGAGCUCACUCCGUUGUUGGGAGUGUUCCAGAAAUUAAUUGCAUCCCGAGCCAACGAUGUAUAUGGCUUUGACUUGUUGCAAGCCAUUUUGUUGAAUAUCCCACUCACCUUGAUGUCAAAUUACUUGAACCAGAUUGCUGUGUUGUUGUUGACUAGGUUGAAGACCUCGAGAACCGAAAAGUUCAUUAAGAAGUUCGUCGUAUUUCUCAUGUCUUUAUGUUGCAUUCCUUUGAACGAAGAGCUUUCUUCCAAGUGUGGUGGUCACAUCAAUGGCGAGUUUGUCAUCACAUUCAUUGAUUCCGUUCAGCAAGGGGUUUUCCAACAAAUCUUCACCAGUUUUGUUUUACCUACAUCGGAGGGUUUUGCCAACUUGCAAGAUAAGAAACUCACUGCAUUGGGUCUUUCCCAAUUGGUCUUGUCUCCGUCGUUCACCGAGGGUAAUUACAAGGUUCUUCUUGUGCCAACCAUUGAACAAUUGGCCAAGAAUUUAACCCUUUUGCAGGGUAUUUCUAAGGCCACUAGUACCGUGAACAACACCAUCACGGGUGACUCCAAUACCACCAGUGUAGCUAUCAAUGAGUUAGACUUGGAAAGUGCGCUGUAUGGAUCGUCUUUCUCGAGACUUGUGUCGAUUCAAUUAAGAGCAUUUGAUCCAGUUCCCCAGGUGAGCAAUGAAGAUUUCAAGUCCAUCAAGUAUGGAGCAGUGAGCAGUAUCCAGAAGCUUGCACCACUUGGAGUUUUGAACGGGCUCAGUGACGACGCCAAGGGGGUCAUUUCUACAUAA